UCGUACUGAAGAAUGAAGAGGCAUCUGUCAAAUAUUGCCAGGCUGAGCUUACACGUCUUUCAGAGUCGCUGAUGGAAAGUGUUUCGAGGGGAACUUUCUCUGUUCCUGGAGGACACAAGCUCUACUUAGAAGUAAAGAAACAAGUUGAGCGGGACUAUGAGCUAGUGCCCAGAAAAGGAGUUAAGGCAAACGAGGUUCUCCAGAUCUUCUUGCACCAGCAGGUGGUUACAGAGGAAUCCAUCCUGCAGGCAGACAAAGCCCUCAGCGCUGGAGAGAGGGCUGUAGUAGCGGAACGGGCCAUGAAGGAGGCAGCUGAGCAGGAAGUGUUGGUGCAAAGACAGAAACAGGAGGAGCUGGAGCAGAAGAUGCAGGCUCAGGAGAGAA